CCUCCCUGGCGCGGGCAGUGGUUUGCUCCGUGCAUCCAGAGCUCGACGCGAAGCCGUCUCUCGGUGGUGAAUUUUGGCCCCGUUGUGCGAGGCCGGAGGCGUCUGCCUGCAUCCCUGCGGUGGGCCCGUCUUCGGGCAGGUGUUUGAUUUCCAAGCCUGGCAGCCGGCGCCUGUGGGACGUGAGCGAUGCUGGAAGCGCCAUAGCCGAGCCGGAGAUGGAUGGUGUCAGCAGCAACAGGACCAUGUCUUACAGUAGAUGGAGUUACAACAGUGUUCUGGAUGAUGAGGGGAGCAGCCUGCGUCAGCAGAAGCUUGACAGGCAGAGAGCAUUGCUAGAACAGAAGCAGAAAAAAAAGCGCCAGGAGCCAUUAAUGGUUCAGUCCAAUGUGGACAGUCGCACAAGAACACGUAGAAUGAAACAUUCGGAAGAACAAGCACCAUUGGUUGAAUCGUAUCUUAACAGCAACAGCAGCACCAUAUAUCAUGUGCAGGAGGCCGAACAGGAAGAUGUAAAGGUGGUAGUGGAUGCCCAAGCUCCGAAACCAACUAAAAAAACCAAGGCAGCAGCUGCGAGCUGUCAGACUGGCAGCACCAGAAAGGAGAAAAAAGGGAAACACAAAGGGAUUGAUGGCCCAGCUGCUUUUCAAGAUGAUGUUCAGAAGAUAGGAAGUCAAGUGCAAAUUCUCACCGUUGGACAGUCUAGCCAUGAUGAAGAUGAUGGAGAGAAAAUGGCUAGCGGCCAACAACAGCAAAACAAACAAGAUCUUAGAACAGCAAUGCAAAAAAAAGGCAUUUCAAGCAGCAUGAAUUUUGAUGAGGAAGAAGAUGAGGAAGAUGAAGACAGCUCCAGUUCUUCACAGUUAAACAGUAACACCCGGCCUGGUUCUGCCACGAGCAAGAAAUCCAAUAAGGAAGCAGCCUCAGCCCCCAGUCCUUCCACAAAUGAGCCUCUCAUAGAUGUUGAUGACCUGGAGGAAUUUGCCGUAAGACCUGCUCCGCAGGGUGUCACUGUCAAAUGCAGAAUCACAAGAGACAAGAAGGGAAUGGACCGAGGGAUGUACCCUACUUAUUACCUCCACUUGGAAAGGGAGCAUGGUAAAAAGGUGUUUCUGCUAGCUGGAAGGAAACGAAAGAAGAGUAAAACCUCUAAUUACCUCAUCUCCAUAGACCCAACUGACCUGUCUCGGGGUGGAGAGAGUUUUAUUGGAAAACUGAGAUCAAAUCUUAUGGGAACUAAGUUUACAGUUUAUGACAAUGGAGUAAAUCCAAUGAAAACAACAUCAAGCCUGGAGGCGAGUAUCCUGCGUCAGGAGCUAGCUGCUAUUUGUUAUGAAACAAAUGUCUUGGGGUUUAAAGGACCUCGUAAAAUGAGUGUGAUCAUACCAGGAAUGAAUAUGGACCACGAAAGAGUUUCCAUCAGGCCACGAAAUGAACACGAGACACUUCUUGCAAGAUGGCAGAACAAAAAUACAGAGAGUGUCAUUGAGCUGCAUAACAAAACACCAGUCUGGAAUGAUGACACCCAGUCCUAUGUUUUAAAUUUCCAUGGUCGAGUCACACAGGCCUCAGUGAAAAACUUCCAAAUUAUUCAUGAUAACGAUCCUGACUAUAUAGUGAUGCAGUUUGGCCGCGUGGCUGAGGAUGUGUUCACCAUGGACUACAACUACCCAAUGUGCGCACUACAAGCCUUUGCUAUUGCCCUUUCAAGUUUUGACAGCAAGCUGGCUUGUGAGUAAAGGGGCAUGGGUGAGCAUCCUCUCAAAGGAAGCAGUUUGCCAUAUGAUUCCCAAUUCCUGCCACUGUCACUUACGGUCCAUACUAAACAGGUCAGGGAAAAUGCAGUUGUGGAGGACCACUCUAUUGCGGAAGAGAACAUAUAAGGAAUCUUCUAAAAAUUCAGGACAUUCAGGAAAUAAUAUUUUCCUUUUUUUUCUGUCAUAUUUUUCUGGAAGUGGCAUCAAGUUUGUGUAAAUAGAAGGUCUAUCUCAUGUCCUUGAUUAUGUUAUGGAGAUGUGCCAUGAUGUACUGUACCGUGGCUCUAGUAGCACCAUUAUAACGGUGUCUUUUUUUAAAUCCAGAAAGGGCGUGCACACUCGAAAAAUUUCUUUUUACAUUUAAGAAUUAUUCUGAGGCUGCAAUCAUACCUCAAGGUUGCAUUCCUACAUCGACUAAUCAGAGCUUCACAUCAUCCAGCGUAAAAGAAAGAUCACAAAAAAGAUGCACUUUUUUGAAUGUGCAAGGAUCUCGUGUAGUAUAAAGCCAAGUCUGAAGGUUGAAAACCCAUACUGGACUGAACUUGAUGCAUUGCUGUUGUAUAUGUAGUAGGGCAUGAUGAAUUUUAAUUGCAGUAGGAGGAAAUGGAGAAGUAGAAAGCACAAAACAAUGUUGCACAAGUCACUUGAAUUCUAAGCUGUCAUUAUGUUUUAACAUCUACGUGCUUUUUAAUUUGUUUCAAAUGAAAAUAUAUUUGGAAUACAGAAAAGGAAAAGGAAAACGUCUAGAUGCCAAGAAAGCAUAACUUAAGUUGAAUUUGGCAUGUCACGUGUUGGGAAUUUAUAUCCUUGUAUUGCUGUGGUAAUUCAAACACAUAUUUUGUAUGAAGUGAUAUAAACAGUUGGAUAAAGGCUCUCCACAGAGAAUCUUAUUAUUUUGAACAGGCUGUGUAAAGCUGAGGAAGGUAAAUGGAAAUAUUUUAUUAAAUUUGUCUGGCCUUUUGUGAUUUUACAAUUUGUUGAUUGCAUUUUUUGAACUUUAAGCAACAACCACUUUUCAUAUUUAUUUCCCAUUGUAAGAACGCUUGCUAUCGAUUGAAACUCUGUAUGUUGUUCUCUAAUGUAAACGUGCCAGCUACUGAGCUAAAUCCUUCUAGGCAAAUCUAGUGUAUACUGCAUACAAAUGAGACACUGGCAGGACACAGAAUAGCUUAAAAUAGUGUGGAUUUUUGUUUUGUUUUUCCUGAUUUAGCUGGAAUAUAUAAACAAAUACCAUUUCAAAACACAAGCAAAGAACAAGCCAUUCUCUUCUCUUCCGAGCAUCUCAAAAGCCAAGAGCUGCAACUGAAAGCACACUGUAAAACACCUUUAAAAAUAACGAAUCUUUCUGCCAUUGUUCUGUACAAUGUUAUCCUAAACAGCACACAAAGUAGUAGAAUUUGUACGUAGUUUACCAGAAGGGUAUUGAAAUGUGAGUGAAGAAGUAGUUGCGUUUUAUACUGUGUGUAUUCAGAUCCUCCUUUUUACUCUUCAUAGACUCUUGCACUGCACAACCAAAGAUUAUGUAAUGAGAAGUUGAGAUCAGAUCUGCCUGUCUCAUAGCUGUCAGUCCAUUUUUGACUAUAGAGGACAGGCCAUAAGGAGAGGUUGUGCCAUUUGGACUGCAUAAUUUCAACUAAUAAAAGAAAAAUGCUCUCUUCUUCACAUUUGCCUUCAGGUCUCCUCCCCAUAUACAGACAAGGAAAUUUCAGAUAAGAGAUGGAAAUAAGUAAUUGCCAGCAUUUUUUCUAAUCCUUUUUAAAAUUUAUGGAAAAAAGUCUGAUGGCUUUGAACAGUGUUUUGUUGAUGGACUCAGCCUGUCAAAUGUCAUCUUUAAAUAACAGGAGGCUCUGUCAUUUUUGUCAAAUCUUUUUACAAGAAGCCUUUCCACGUAGUGGUAUAAAAUGGAAAGACACCUUUUGUUUGAGAGAAAUGAGCCGUCAUUUCCCUCAAUGAAUGAUCAAAAUGAUGAGUCAUGAGCCGCAGUAUGAUACUUAGGCUUUGCACAUGGAUGGUUUGUUUUCCCCUGUAGUUGGUGCUUUCCCACCACUUCACAUCCCCAUCUGUGAUCUCCCUUUGGAUUUUGACAGAGAAGGCCCUUAGGCCUUUGGUUACCUCAAGUCAUUCUUUAAAAACUAGCUCCAAUGAUAACCAGAAUUUUUUGUUUAGACUACUGCAGAAACAGACAGGAAUUCCCACUGCUGGUAUUUAGGUAUGAUGUGGAUUUCCAGAACUCUGCAGCAUGGGAAUGGUUGACUCUGCAUGGCUUUAAUUCUGUGGCUUGCCAGUCAUAUGUUUUCUUUAAAGCCUGAGAAAAUAGCACCUGACAUAGUUCUUCUGCCUCCUUCUGUGCACAGCACAACUGUGUCAAAGGAACUAAGUGUCUUAUGGUGCAAAUAUACAAUCUGUUGGCUUUAGUACUGGAGUUGGUUUAGGAAGGGUUAUUUUUAAUGCGGAUCAUAACAAUAGUCUGACUUGCAUUGUGUCCCCACAGGGAAUUGGCACGAAAAGGAAGCUGAUGUGCAGUGAACUCCUGCACAAGGGUGAGAAUGAGGGGCUCGGGAAAGGCAGAGGGUUCAGCUUCUUGGGACAGUUUUGCUGCCAGCACAUUGUGUAACUUCACUCUCACUGCGUGUUCUUCCCAGCCAGGUAUUUUUUUAACCUGUAAGCAUGCCAGGAGGAAAGUGGUGACUCAAAUUCCCAUCAUCUUAACAGAAUCAUACAGGGACAUCAGCCAACAAGCUGCUGAAGAAAAAAUACCCCACCAUAAAUUGAGGUCACUUAGAGGGAGAUGUUAAUCAGGGGGUAAGAGGAAUGAGGAGCUCUCAUUAAAUCUGGUUCAGUUGCAAUAUGAUUUGCACCUAGUGGCCUUUGCCAAAACCCUAAUUCCUCACUGUUGUUGAGCAAGGUACUGGAUUAUUUUGAUUCACUUGACCAUCGCCAUCUGCUCCGGAAGCGGUUGCUUUAAUUUAGCAUCUAUAUAAUUUCUGAUGGACAUUUUCUGGUGAAGGUCACUACUGCAUGUCAAUGCAAGGUGAUAUCACAAGUUUUCCAGCUCAUCUCCAAAUUUGUUUUCCUAACUUGGUAAAGUCACAGCAGGUUCUGUCUUAAUGUACAGUCAUGCCUGAGAUUACACCGUCCUCACAAGGUUAGAUUUUCCUCCACACCAGCAAUAAAAUCUUGGCACCAGUAUAUAUUUUCAGAUAUAUAUGAAUACUAAAGUAACCCAGGAGUAGUUAGUGGCGCACUCAUAUUAGCAGUAGCUUCUGCAGGGCCUGCAUGUCAACGUGCAACAGGGCAUAACCUCGUUUACUCAGUGUGACAAAGCAUAUAAUGGCACCAAGCUGUGUAUUUCCUUCACAUAGCCCUAGUGAGUGUUUGGAUGCAGUAGUUUUAAUAUUAUUUAAAAUCCCAAUAUUGAUGAUUUUUUUGCAUCUGCUGUUGAUUUUGGCAGAGAGUUGUAAACAAAAUUCCUUGCCUGAAUUGCUUAUAGGCAAAUACUGCAUGCUUUAAUGAGAGUUCUUAAUCUAACUUGUCACUCUGUUUACAUCAAACAGUUUCUUCCUGGCCCUUUAUCUAAUUUUAUUUAUCUCUGAUGUUCUGUUCCUUCUUAUUCUUUUCACAAUCCCUUUAUCUUUUCUUCAAGGAUGUGCAACUUGGAAGUGUUUAUUUUGACAACAUUACUACUCAGUGAUCUCUCCACAGAUGAAUAAUGCCUUUGGUGCACAUCCAGUGAUGCUCUUAUAAUAGAAGCCUUAUCAGAGGGGUGAAUUUGGCCCUUUGGCUUUUCAGUAGAGUAAAUUAACACAUUAAAAGGUAGCAGAUAAAAAAGCUUGCCUAAAAUAUAAUCAGAAUUUUUCUCAGUAAACAUUUGGUUACUAGAGUUUCCAAACCAUUGGUUGCAAAUCAAUGAGCAGAACUGUCCACAAGCCUGGAGGCAGACUGUUAAACAGAUUCCCUUUGUAGUCCUGCCUUAUUUUUCCUUUUUCAAAAGGUUGAAAGUGAUUUUGUGAGCUGAAGUGUGUUGGUGCCCUAAAAUAGAGUUUAUUUUUUAAAAGCUAGACAUCACUCCUUUUGCAGGAUAAUACAUGGCACAUAAAAUAGUAAUGUUGUAGGCCACCGUUACAAAUUCUGAUGCCAAGAAGUCUAUGAGAAUGGUUUUGUAAUAAUUACUAGGUAAAUCUCUCACUGUCCAAGUUGCCUUACAAUAGUGCAGGAGUUCCCAGCUGGCUGUCCUCAUGAGGUACUAGAACUGAAGGAGCUUUAGUGAAAAGGGCUCUGUAAUAAAACCUGCUGGCUGCAUGGUCAGGAAACAUCAUCGUGGAGUCAAAUGACACCACUGAGUUUUAUUGGUCAUGGUGAACCAAUGCCAUCAACUUUCUGGUUUUUUGCUCCCUUUUGAUGAACAAAAGGAGGGAUUUUCAACAAACAGAGACAUCAGUGAGGUCUCUAGAAGUACUGAGCAUUAGACAUACUUUUCUACCUACAAAAAUCUUACCCUACCUGAGUGUUGCCCAUUAAAAAAGAAGGAAAUCAACCCAGACCUUAGUAUAGAAAAUCACUCCCGUUCUUGUAUCUUAGCUUUUUACAAAUUUUAUUAUUAAUUUAUUAGUGAUUUCACAUAAGUAUACAACAAGGACUGGAUGUCACAUGGCAAACGUGUUCUUGCCCUGAAGAGAUGAUGACUGUAGACCAGUAUCAGAAUAUUUUUUCUUUGGUUAUUUUAGUAGGAUAGGACAGGGGGUUGCCUGGUGUUUUGGGCACAAAGAGUUUCUCCUGGUGUGUGGCAGGUGUCAGAGGGAAGAUUUUGGGUUUGAUCCUGUGGCAUUCUAACUAGUUCCCCAAUACUAUCCCAUUGCUCUCCUAAAACAUUUGCAAGAUUUUUCAUGGUUUUAGAGCAGUAUGUGUUCACCAAUAAAGUAUCUUUGCUUGCCAAAUAAGGACAGCAGAUGUGAUAAAGCAGCGGUCACCUUUAUUAGAAUUAUGGGCUGAUGACUCGGAUUUCUCAAAAGGCCUCAUUUUGAUUACUAGAAGAAAGUAGUUUUAUACAUAUAAAUCUUGCACUAGAAUUAAUCUAACUGUAGCUGUAGGCUUCUCUUGUAUGUGCUACUUAAUGAAAACAGGUUUCUGUUGUUGUUCAUGUAUGAAAUGUACCUUCCAGGGUUCUGCUCUGUAAGUGUUUGAAAUUAAUUGCGUAGAUAUUUUUCAGUUCUUUCUGUGGCUCAUGAAGGAACUAAGAAAAGGAUUUGCACAACUAUCUUGAUGUUUUGGUAUUUUGCUAUGAACUAUAGCUCAGUAGCUGAUACUCACAAAUGCCUGUAUAUUGGAUGAAAAUGCAUUAAAACUUAUUUUAUAUGUUGUAUUUUA